CCGCUGGAAAAAAAAAACCCAAACAAAACAGCCAUGUAGCAAAUACAAACAUCUGAAACUUACGAGGUUUGUUCUCGGUGUCGGGUGUGUUUGGAGAGUAGCCGUGAACGGGUAGAGCGCUGGAAGCUAAUAAAAAUCCCGCUUUAUUUUUAGCUAGCUUUUAUUUAUAAGUUUGAGAUGUGUUUAAAGAAUCAUGCGGGGCUUGCUGCGGGAUGGGUGGGUUGUGUUUUAAGACCGAGCCCGUGGCAAUCGCGGUGUUUGUGGUGGGGAGAUCGAGUGCUGGGGAAUGCCAAACCAGCGAGGUGCCGCUCGGACCUGCUCUGCCAGGGGAGAGCUGGCUGGGAAAGGGGGAAAUGUCCUUUCACCCUGCUCAAGGUGUGGUUAAAUAGCAGGGAAAUCUACCUGGCAAAACUCGUAACCCUUUAAUAAUUCUUGCAGUUGUCGGUGCGGGGAUGGGUGACAGAGCUGGAGAGUGCGUGCAGGGAUGUCACGUGCUGUAGCUUCAUUUGAGUUGUGUGCAGGCAGACUUACCCCUUCCUCCAGCUUUAGCAAAGCUUGAACAUACGUAGUUCCUCCUCACUAGCCAGAAAACAAAACCCAGAACUCGUGCGAACCGGCGCAGUGUUUGGGAGACGUGGCACGUGUCAGCGCGGUGUGCCGCGCCUUCGCUCUCCGAGCAGCAGUUAAUGGUAAAGUAAUGGAUUCCAAAGAAUUGCUUAACCCGUUGGAUCAGGACGAAACCAGGAAAAAUGCACUCAUCAGUACCAAAGGAGGGAUCGUGAUGGACUUCCAUCCACCCUUCAGGGGUGGAGCCACUGUGCAAGCCCCUGUGUCUGCAUCUCCUCUCCCUGCAUCUUCUCAGUCAGAGUCCAGUCAGCAACCUGCUUUGGCUGACUUUCCGAAAGGAUUAGGAAACAAUGUGCCUCAGCCGGACCUUUCCAAGGCAGUGUCGCUCUCGAUGGGACUGUACAUGGGUGAAACAGACGCGAAAGUGAUGGGAAACGACCUCGGAUUUUCGCAGCAGGGCCAAAUCGGCGUCUCCUCCGGAGAAACGGACUUCAGGCUCCUGGAGGAAAGCAUUGCGAGCUUGAACAAGUCCUCGAGCCUGGCCGAGGGCGCCAAGGGCAGCGCGGCUUCGGAGGCGCCCGAUUUCCCCGGCAUGGCCGGGCGCGGCGAGCCGGGAGCUGCCGUCCAGAGCCAGGUGGGCUCCAACGGUGGCACCUUGUUCUCUGAAGACCAAAGCACCCUGGAUAUCCUCCAGGACCUGGAGCUGCCGCCGGUGUCGCCGGGCAAGGAGCCCAACGGGAGCCCGUGGCGGCUGGAGCCGCUGCUGGACGACGGCGGCUUGCUGUCCCCCAUCUCCGACGACGCCGCCUUCCUCCUGGAAGGAAGCCUCGGCGAAGACUGCAAGCCUCCUCUUUUAUCUGACACUAAACCUAAAAUUAAUGACCGUGGUGACCUUUUACCCAGUUCCAAAAUGCCAAUGCCUCAAGUGAAAACAGAAAAGGAGGACUACAUUGAACUGCAUACUCCCGGCAGUAUCAAGCAGGAAAACACGGGCCCGCUGUACUGCCAGGCCAACUUCUCGGGCUCCAACCUGCUGGGUACGAAAGUCUCGGCCAUCUCCAUCCACGGGGUCAGCACCUCUGGGGGACAGAUGUACCACUAUGAUUUAAAUACUGCCUCGCUCUCUCAGCAGCAGGAUCAGAAACCAAUUUUUAAUAUCAUUCCGUCUCUUCCUGCCGGGUCAGAAAAUUGGAAUAGGUGCCAGGGAUCGGGGGACGAGGCAUUGGCUCCGCUGGGAACGCUCAACCUCUCUGGCAGACCUGCUUUCUCUAAUGGCUAUUCAAGCCCUGGAAUGAGGUCAGAUGUAAGCUCUUCUCCAUCCACAACCUCAGCAACCACGGGACCACCUCCCAAGCUGUGCCUGGUGUGCUCUGACGAGGCCUCCGGGUGCCACUACGGUGUCCUGACGUGUGGCAGCUGCAAAGUCUUCUUCAAAAGGGCAGUGGAAGGGCAGCACAAUUACCUGUGUGCCGGCAGGAACGACUGCAUCAUCGACAAGAUCCGCAGGAAGAACUGCCCCGCCUGCCGCUACCGCAAGUGUCUGCAGGCAGGCAUGAACCUGGAAGCCAGGAAGACGAAGAAGAAGAUGAAGGGGCUGCAGGCGGGCGGCGCGCGCGAGGCGCCGGAGGCGGCGGGCAGCAAGAGCCUGGUGCCAGCCUCGCUGCCCCAGCUCACACCCACCCUGGUGUCCCUGCUCGAGGUCAUCGAGCCCGAGGUGCUCUACUCGGGCUACGACAGCUCCCUGCCCGACUCCAGCUGGAGGAUCCUCUCCACCCUCAACAUGCUCGGCGGCCGCCAGGUGGUCGCUGCCGUCAAGUGGGCGAAGGCGAUCCCAGGUUUCCGAAACUUGCACCUGGAUGACCAAAUGACCCUCCUGCAGUACUCCUGGAUGUUCCUGAUGGCUUUUGCUUUGGGCUGGAGAUCCUACAAGCAGUCCAAUGGCAACCUGCUGUGCUUUGCCCCAGACCUGAUCAUUAAUGAGCAGAGGAUGAACCUGCCCUGCAUGUACGAGCAGUGCAAGCACAUGCUGAUGGUGGCCCGGGAGCUGUCCCGCCUGCAGGUGUCCUACGAGGAGUAUCUCUGCAUGAAGACCCUGCUGCUCCUCUCCACAAUUCCCAAGGAGGGCCUGAAGAGCCAGUCCCUGUUCGAGGAGAUCCGCAUGACGUACAUCAAGGAGCUGGGCAAGGCCAUCGUCAAGAGGGAAGGGAACUCCAGCCAGAACUGGCAGAGGUUUUAUCAACUGACUAAACUGCUGGACUCUAUGCAUGAUGUGGUUGAAAAUCUUCUGAGCUUUUGCUUCCAGACAUUUUUGGAUAAAUCCAUGAGUAUUGAGUUCCCAGAAAUGUUGGCAGAAAUCAUCAGCAAUCAGAUACCAAAAUAUUCCAAUGGAAAUAUCAAGAAGCUCUUGUUUCAUCAGAAGUGACUGCCUUAACACAAAGGGUUGCCUUAAGAAACCGUCACACGAUAGCUUUGUUUUGUAAAGAGAAAACCUACAGAACUUGUUCUUUUGUCCUCGCAGGUGUUUCUUUUGUAAUUAUGCACUACAUGUGGUUUACAGAGGGCCAAGACUAGGCUGGAGAAGCAGCGGAUUUCUUGUGUUUGGGAAAGAAAGGGGGAGAAAGGAAAGGAAAGGAAAAGAAAAAAGAAAAAUUGGUUUGGGCAGAAAUUUUCUCUCUCCCCUCGUGCACCAUCCCUGGAUGCAUCAAACCACCAGUGACAAGCUCUGAGGCUGUUACGAACAUUCUGCUAAUUAAUUAAUUAAUUGCUGCAGUUGGCUGGAGACAAUUUUUUAGGCUUUUUUUUUUUUUUUAUUUUAGUAAAGUGUUUUGGAUUUUUUUUUUUUUAAAGUUAAGAUAGUAUUUUGGUUUAUGCAUGUAACCUGAAGAAAGUUUACAAGUGUAUAUCAGAAAAGGGAAGUUGUGCCUUUUAUAGCUAUUACUGUCUGGUUUUAGCAAUUUCCUUUAACUUUAUAUACCGUGAACUCAGCUUGUUCAUUUUUUCUUACAUAAUUUUUUUGUAAUACUUCAAGAUGCCUAUUGUACAGCUGGUUUUUUAAGGUGGGGCAGCUCGUAGCUUUCCUAAAUGACCUCUAGACAGUAAAUACUCGAGUAGAUUCAUGUGAAACUGGGUUGGGCUUUUCUAACCUAAUGCUUUCAACAGGCAAAGUGGCCAUAAAAAUUGGGUUUUUUUUCUAAGGGCCAGGGUGGGUGGGAGAACACUCUCAAAUCUCAUUUCAGUAGAUCAGGAUGAAACAAAUCCUUUUGGUACAUUGCAAAAGCGUUGGAUAUGCAGAUUCAUAGAAAAUUAACCCAGUCCUAACUGGAUGUAAAUGAGCAGGUUAUUUUAUAUACUGAAAAAAAAGAAGAAAAAAGAAAAAAAAAAAAAAAGAAAAAAAAAAAAAAAAAAGAAGCCUGAUUUUUGCAUAUGAUGCAACAGCCAUAACGCAAAGAGUCACGGGCUGCAUUGAUGCCAAGAAGAUCAGUCCUGACUGCCCAUCAGGAAAUUUUCAGGAAAAUAUGCAUAGCUUCAGAAAAGUUUACUUCUGUGUGGAGAAACUCCGUUUUCUACCCACUCAAAGCCGCCAUCACACCAGUAAUCGCGGACGGGGAGGGCGCCCCGGGCUGGGGCUGCUCCUGGAGGGUUCCAGAACCUCUCCGGGGACUCGUCCUCGCAGCUGGGCUGCAUCUCCCAGCUCCAGACUCACCUGGUUAGAGACCCAGUUCCACAUCUGCACCCUUCACUGGCUGCUCCAUCCUCCUUCCCGGGGAGCAGGAGAGCUCUGCUAUGAGUUUGUGGUCUUAGAGUUGUCCGUCAGACUUUCUGUCCUUGUAAGGCUGCAGCCCUCCAUUGAAUUCCUGGCGUGCCAUAAAUCCCCAUAGGCCUUGUGGAUUUCUCCUUGUUGCCAUUGAUGAGGAUAUUUUCGACAUUUAGAAGCUGUAGUAGCCUUUUCUACAUGCACCUUAACAAUUUUCUGUAUCUCAAAACUGAAAUCUUUACUAUGCCACUCUAAAAUUUGAUUUUUACUCAAAGUGGCCAGAUCGUUUGUGUAAUAGAAAUGAGAAAGAUCAUCUGAGAAAAUACAAAACCUAAUAUAUUUUUAUAUUUAGUUAUAGUUUCAAAUAUGUAUAAUCGGUAUAUUCGCUGAUCCAAGAAAAAAAAAAAAAAAAGGGAAGGGCUACUGCAGCUUUAAAAGCAAUUUAUUAAAUGAUUGUAAAAUAGCUUGUAUAGUGUAUAAUAAGGAUGAUUUUUAGCUGACAGAUUGCUCUAUCAUGAUACAUGUAAUUAUAUUUUUUGUAGGGGUCACAGAUAUCUGAGUGGGAAGCGCUGUGUGCGGUGUGGCUGUCGGUGUCGGUAUCCAAAGAGGUUCAGAGGGGAGGCCUGUGCUCCCUGCGUGUUCGUGGGCUUGGGUUGUGUUUCUUGACUCACUGUGUACAAUUCCCGCUGGUUUUUGGGGUGGGGCACUCCUGUCUGUGUGGUGGGGAACAGACCCCGCUGCAAAGCUCCCAGCUCUGAGCCACACAGACCCGCUCAGAUCGGGCAAUAAUCCACAUCCAGGUGCCAGCAAUAUGUAAAUACAGAGCGUGGGGUGUUCACAGCACAUUUCUACAUUGAGCAGACCUUGGUUUCCAGCUGAAACAGGAAACUCAAUUCUCAUCCUUUCUUAAAGCUCUUUUUGGAUGUUAUACCUAUUAAAAAGAAAGAUCCUAUAUUCAGUACUUUGGAGUAAAAUGGCAUCUUUAAUAAAAGGAAAUAAUCACACUCUUCUUGAUCUGUAAGGAAUAUGUACAUUUUGUAACAGGUAAAGGUCAGGAUUUUAAUUGCAGCUUGCAGCCCCAGUGGCUGGGAAUGCUCUGUUUGUGAUACAGAUAGGAGUUUGUGCUGCUGGGCUGGGGAACCCUGCUCUGACUCUGGAGAAUGUUUUAUGAACCUGCACCCCCAGAGCCCCGUUGGAGCCUGGGGACAGUGUGUGGGUUGGGGUGCAGGGACCCCACGUUGUGGUUUCUGCCAGCAAAAGGAGCUGCAGUGAGCUGCAGCAGAUGGUGGAGUCGGGGCUUGGAGCUGGAUGAGCUUUAGGAUCCCUUCCAACCCAAAUUCUGGGGUUCUGUGACGCCCCACAGGAGGAGAGGCUCUGCCCUUGUGUGUGUUUGCCUGUACAUUCAUUUUCAGUGUGGAUUUCAGGAGAAGCAAAGGAAACUGUGACGUUGGAGCAGAACCGUCCUGUGCGUGCCGUUCGUACCCUCGGUGAGGAGUCGUGUCCUGUGUUCCUGUGUUCAGUGGGGAGUCCCUGCACUCUGGAUAAAGCAGGGAGCCCUUGGCCCUUCAGUGCCUUAUCACAAAGUGCAUGGAUCCGCUCAGGACUCGCAAUGGCCUUAGGGGGACACGGGGACAGGGAUGGGGCUGGGGCCGGUGCCAGCCGACGCCGAAACUGAAAAUGACCUCGCUGUUCCCACGGGGAAAGGUGGGGAAGGAGGAAGUGCCUGGAUGAACAUGGGCUGUGGGAAACACCUGCAGCCAAACUUCAGAGAGGGAGGGCUUCAGGGGCAUGACUUGGGGUGAGAUUUUAUAAAGAUUGUAUUAUUAUUGUUACUGUUAUCAUUAUAUCCCUGCAAGUGUUCAAGGCGUGCUUGGACAGGGCUUGGAGCAGCCUGGUCUGGAGGAAGGGGGGAAUAGAUGAGUUUUGGAGGGGAUAGAUGAGAUUUAGGGGGAAUUGAUGAGAUUUAGGGAGGAUAGAUAAGGUUUAGGGGGAAUAGAUGAGCUUUAGUGGGGAUAGAUGAGAUUUAGGGGGGAUAGAUGAGAUUUAGGGGGGAUAGAUGAAAUUUAGGGGGAAUAGUUGAGCUUUAGGGGACAUAGAUGAGUUUUAGGGGGGAGAGAUGAGUUUUAGGGGGGUAGAUGAGCUUUAGGGUCCCUUCCAGUUCGGGUUUCGUGGUCCCAGACCAGGCACACUCUGCCCCUGUCCCAGCCUCAGCCAGGGCUUGCCGAGCCAUCGACUCAUAGGAACCAAAUUUUCCAUGAAGGUCGAGGCCUCUCCAGCCUCGUGUCCAAGGGAAGGCUGGAGCUGUGGGAACACCUCACCUCCAACCCCUGCCCACAGCAAGGCAGCAAUGGGUCAUUACUCUAUUUUGUAUAUUAAACAAAAAAGAUAUAUACUGGGGACAAAUCCUAUAUCAUACCAGUGUAUGGCAUUAUUAAAAAAAAAAAAUCAUUAUUUUUAUCACAGCAAUUUUAAACAGCAUUAAAAAAAAAAAUUAAACCAGUGACUCCUGUUUAAAAAUAAAAGUUGUAGUUUUUUAUUCAUGCUGAAUAAUUCUGUAGUAACAAGUCUGUAGUUUUCACCUACUCAGUGAAAUGUUGGACUGUAAAAGCUUGUGUGGAAUUGUUGAACAUUUAUUUUUUCAUUUAAAUUUGCUGUUCUGGUAAUACAAAGCCACACAUCUGUACAGAAGUUGCAGUAAAUGUGAGCCAUUUACAGCAAUGCCGAAUAAUGGACAGAAACCAUAUAAUAAAAUUCUGCUUUUUUCAUUAAA